GUUACACUGCCCUAUCAAUUCGUUCGCGCUCCAGAUUGUCAAUCACGAUGCUCACCGUCACUCAACAAGCUCAGGCGGCGCUCUCACACGUCAAACAUGCGCUCCAGGCGUCCAAAUCGCAUGCCUAUCUACUCGAGGACCAGGCAUUUGUGGACCGGCUGGAUAUGAAUUUUGUCACGAUCUACGGGAUCCAAUCUGAGCUGUAUGGGUAUCGAGCGGAUUGUUUGGCGAGCUUGGUCGAGCUCGUCACUAUCAUCGCGGAAGCUUGGCAAGAACGGCCGGAUCAUCUACGAAAGCUCGACAAGAAGCGAGAGCUCGAACCAGAGUGGUUUCAGUCCAACGAAAUGUUGGGCGGAGUUUGCUACGUCGAUCGCUACGCGACAGACCUCUCCUCGGUUCGAGAGCGAAUACCCUACUUCCAGUCGCUCGGUUUGACAUACGUCCACCUCAUGCCGCUCUUCGACAGCCCUGAGCCGAAAAACGACGGAGGUUACGCGAUCUCCAGCUAUCGAAGGGUCAAACCCGCCCUGGGUGAUAUGGAACAGUUGAAAGCGUUGGCAAAGGAAUUUGACGCAGCGGGGAUUUCCCUUGUUCUGGACUUUGUCUUCAACCAUACCGCCUGGGAUCACGAUUGGGCCAAACGAGCACGGGCAGGAGAAAAGGCGUACGAAGAGUUUUACUGGAUCUUUCCCGAUCGGACCAUGCCGGACCAGUACGAACAGACGACAAGGGAGAUCUUCCCGGACGACCAUUCGGGGAGUUUCAUCCAGCUGGAAGAUGGGAGGUGGAUCUGGUCGACGUUUUAUCAUUAUCAGUGGGACCUCAAUUAUUCGAACCCGAGGGUGUUCAACGCGAUGGCUAGGGAGAUGCUCUAUCUCGCCAAUGCUGGAGUCAAUAUCUUGCGGAUGGACGCCGUCGCCUUCAUUUGGAAGCAGAUUGGGACCACCUGCGAAUCCCUUCCCGAAGCGCACAAGAUCCUUCGCUGUUUCAACGCCGUAUGCAGGAUCGCAGCGCCCUCGCUAAUCUUCAAGUCGGAAGCUAUCGUUCAUCCGGACUUUAUCGUCCAGUACAUCGAUCGCUACGAAUGUCAGAUUUCGUACAAUCCUCUACAGAUGUGCCUGUUAUGGGAAAGCCUCGCCACGCGGAACGUCGAGUUGCUCUCCCAAGCGCUGGAAAGACGGCACAACCUGGUCGGAGGAUGCGCUUGGGUCAAUUAUGUGCGGUCGCACGAUGAUAUCGGCUGGACGUUCGCGGACGAAGACGCUAUCGAGCUAGGUAAAGAAGGAGGCCAGCAUAGGAAAUUCCUCAAUGCGUUCUUUGUCAAUCGUCAUCCGGGAAGUUUCGCUCGAGGGGUACCAUUCCAGGACAACCCAAAGACCGGGGACUGCCGGAUCGCCGGGACGUGCGCUUCUCUGAGCGGUCUCGAAUCCGGCGAGCCCGGGUCGGUCGGACGGAUACUGCUAAUGCACUCGAUCAUCAUGUCCACCGGAGGGAUCCCUCUGCUUUACCUUGGCGACGAACUGGGCACACUCAAUGAUUAUUCUUACAUGUCCGAACCGGACAAGUGGGACGAUUCGAGAUGGGUCAACCGGCCCAAGUUUGAUCUGGCCAGGUUUGAGCAACGGAAGGACGCGAAUUCCAUAGCGGGACAGAUCUUUGCUGGAUUUCAGAGGAUGAUCAAGGUGCGAAAGGCUACACCGGAAUUUGCUGGAGGCCGGCUGGUUGGGUUCAGGACGCACAACCCGGCCGUUCUCGGGUACCAGCGACCGGGGAAAGACGCGUCUGUCUUGUGUCUUGCCAACUUUUCGGACGAUAGCCAGUGGGUAGGAGCGGAGACUCUUGGGGCAUUGCCAGCAGAAGCUUUGGACCUCGUCACGGAUCGGAAGAUCUCGACGAACCAAGGCAUUCAUCUGGCGAGUCAUGAAUACAUAUGGCUAAAGUAUUAGGCGAGCAUCAUCCUCGGCGCCGUUGUAAGUUCUUUCCGGGUAGGGUACUCCUUUUGUGCCAUUCAGUAUCUAUUGCAUGACCCGAUUUCUUUGGCGUGGAUUGGCAAGUUUACUUGCAGAACGCGUCAUGAAGAACUUGAUC